GUUUAAUAGACCAGUAUAUGUACAGUGGGAUGAACACUUCUGAAGUUAGUUGCUUUGUGAUCGACUGAGCAUAUAGAAAGACCAGAAAUGAAAAGACAUCAAAGACAAACCAGAGCUUCUACAAGAAUAAUUGCUGAAGAGAAUAAAGUAACAAAGAGUUCGGGGUUUCUCAACCCCCGGAAAAGGAAAAGUGAGGAUAAACAAAAUGAUAAAAGCUCAUCGAAGGGGGACUCCUCCAAACGAAGACGUAUUCAUUUUCAGCGUGAUGACAGAAGUAUGGGUAGGCAGGCAACUGCAUCAGCGAGUGAACUUGAAAAGCGAGUAAGCAAGUCCAAACGAAAGGAGCCAAGAUUCCCAGCGGCAGAAACAAAGAGAGUGACUCGGUUGUCUUAUAAAAAGGCUGAAAAUAGCAAGGGAAAAGUAGAGAGAGACUUAAAAUCCAACUCAAAACAACAAAUGAAAGAAUUAAAAGCUGGGAAAGGGGGAAAAGUAGAAAAAUUAAGGAACCAAAGGAAGAAGCCAGAGAUAUCGAAAUCUCAAAUAAAAGAUUUACCAGCAAGCUCACAACAGCAAACUUCAGUCCCCAGAAAACCGGAACAGUCGCAAUCUGGAAGCCGAAAAGAAUUCAAAAAAUCGAAUUCAAGUACCGAUACUGUAAAUAGAAAGUCUUAUCGAAAGAAGAAAGCAACAUUAAAAUCAAAUACUUGUCAGAAUACUAAAAAUGAGAGUCGAAAAUUUGCAAAGGCAACCAAACGGAGCUUAACUGAAGGUCAAAAAUUGGCGAAGAAUGUCAAAAAUUCUCAAGUUGUGAAAGAUUACAUGUCUGCACCAGAAGCAUUCUCCGACUUGUUUUUACCAAAACUGGAUAUGAAAUUUAAUCUCAGAGCAGGUCUUCAGAACAUUCAUGGAAUCAGUGUAUCAAAUGACAAUGUUAUAUGCGUGAAUUACAUGCCAAAUCAAGUAAAACUACUCAGUUCUUCAGGUGAAGUACUGAGGUGCGUCGAAUUAAACUCCAGUCCAGUACUUAAUUGUUGCUUGCCAUCAGGAGACCUUCUCGUGACGCAGGGUUUCGCUGGUGGUUCUAAGCCUAUAAUCACCUCAAUAUCACGGGAAGGAGACAUUAAGGUUUUAGCUGAUCUUAGAUCGUAUGCUUCGAACCUAUUAGGAAUUAUCUGCAAAGAUGAGAGAAUAUAUGUCAUCGGAUCCAGAAAAUCUCGUCGUGAUCACAUUGUUCUUAGACUUAAUUUGACUGGAGAAGUAGAGCAUGUCUACAAUUCAAAGCUGUCCUCUGAAGAUAUAAAUCGUUUAAUUUCUCUCAAUGGACAAAUAGUUGGCCUUCGAAUCAAAAACUCUCAAAUGGUUGCAAUAGAAGAGGAUGGAAUUUCCUCCGUUGUAUUAAACAAAUUUUUUAGCAGCAGCAUGUAUGCAGCAAGUGCAUCAGUGGACAAUCUUGGAAACGUUGUUAUAGGUGCGGGUACAAAACUCAUCUUCAUGAACCCAAGUUUGGAAUUAAAGCAUGAAGUUAACACUGACAUUUCUGGAAACAUCACAGCAACAGCUAUAGAUGGGCAUGAUCAACUGUGGAUUGGUACUGUAAAUGGAGAGUUGUUCGCUGCUAAAUAUCUUAAUGUCUGAAAAUUUCCCCUUUAAUUCACUGUAUCUAUAUUGAAUUAUUUUGAAUACAAGAUGCAAGACAUGGAGUUUCACUCGGUUGUCCGAACAAAUAUCGGCUAAUUUUUUCCAACCCGAUUAAGCUCACCUUCGCUUACCAAGGGUUUCCGACCAAGUAGAGUAGAUUUCAGAUCGGAAACCCUUGGCAAGCGAAGAUGGAUUAAUUAAGCUUUGUACGAAAAGAACAUUUGGAGAUACCAAAAAAAAACGUGUAAAAGCAAUUGACAUGAAUUUCAUAGUAGUGUUUAGUAGAGCUGGGACGAUAUAUCGAUAAUAUCGAUUCUGUGUGAGGAUGAUACGCAUAUCGAUACAUACAUGGAUGUAGAAAUAUCGCAAAAAAUUCUGACUUACACUUUCCUUGUUUGCGUAACAUUUUGGGUUUAAUAUAUAAAAUAAAUAUGCUAAGUAUACAUAUAAAUAUGAAUUACAUAAUAAUGAACACCACUUUUGUGAAAUAAUUUUGUUUUACAACAGAUAU